AUGCCCUUCAACAUCUGGUGCGACGGCUGCCAGAACCACAUCGGCAUGGGGGUCAGGUACAACGCUGAGAAGAAGAAGGUGGGGAAUUACUACACCACACCUGUGUACAGGUUCAGGAUGAAGUGCCACCUGUGCGUGAACCACAUCGAGCUGCAGACGGACCCCGGGAACUGCGACUACGUCAUCGUCAGCGGCGCGCGGCGCAAGGAGGAGCGCUGGGAGCCCGGGGACUGCGGCCAGGUGCUGCCCGACGCCCCGGAGCAGCAGCAGCGCCUGGCCACGGACGCCAUGUUCCGCCUGGAGCACGGCGUGUCCGACCGGGGGGUCCUGGAGCGCGCCGCCCCCACCCUGACGCGCCUGCAGGAGGCCCAGAGCGCCUGGAAGGACGACUUCGGCCUCAACAGCCGCCUCAGGAGGAGGUUCCGGGUCAGUGCGGGGUCUGGGGACCCCCGAAUCCACAAAAAACCACCCCCAAAUCCACGAGAAAACACCCCCAAAUCCACGAGAAAACACCCCCAAAUCCACUAGGAAACACCCCAAAAU